AUGGUUCAAUUAAGCAGUAUUAUUUUGCUUUUAUUCUACUAUGUUCGAAUUGUUACAUCUUGUGGUGAAACUUAUUUUGAUGAAAAUAGGGAUUCAGCCAAACUCGGUCCACAUUAUCAUGAUGAUUGUGAAUAUACUGUAAGUUAAAAAAAAACAUAUGUUCAAAUGUGUGUUUCCAUUCAGAUUGCUCCACAUCCGAAAAAGUCUAUAACGCUAAAAAUGGCUUUGCAUUGGAGCUUGGCUGAUAUUCGGCAGUUUGUUAUAGAUGGUAACGAGACUCAACAAUUUUUUAUGUUUACACAAAAUGAUAAAAAUGUAUUUCAUACAACACCGAAAAACGUUGGGUUGCAGAUUAGUCUCAAGAGAAAAUAUACUAUUGCAUUUGAAAGAAUAGGUUAGUUUUCAAAAUCAAACCACAUUAUCUAGUUAUCUUCAGAUAUUCAAAAUGUUUGUGAUUUCCCUCUCGUUAUACUGAAUCAAAACAAAACAGUCAUUCAAAAAGAUGUUGUUCUCGAAAAUAGUGAUAUUUGCUGGUUUAAAGUUGAUCCCACGGCACAGAACGACUUUGAUGAAAUAAUAAUCAAAACUCUUGGAGAUUACGAAUUGAAACAAAUUGAUGGCAGUUUUUCACCCUUCAAAGGAAGCCAUAGUUUUCAUGCUAAACCGUUUUUUAUCAAACUGAAUAGUAAAACUAUUGCGAAUAUUUCGGCUCUGAAAAUUCCAAAAGGUUUGCGCCUUUUUAAUUAAAUUAAAAUUGCAUUUUUUUCAGCUUGCAACUGUGGACAAAAAAGUUACGAUUUCAAUGAAACAAAUAAUACAAUAACAUUGCGCCAACCCGGUUUCCCAUCCACAAUUUGCCCGCUGAGAAAUUGUGAAUAUGUUAUGAGUUAUCCAUAUAACAAGAACGAGUAUAUUUUGAUGGAAUCAAAAUUACGUUUUAUUUCGACCAGAGAUCAAAUGAAAAUGAAGUAUAAAAAUAUAGAUUACAUGAAGUGAGAUAUAAGUCUUUUUGAAUCUACAGUUUUUUUCUAAUUUUCAGCUUAAAAGUUGAAACACCGUUUAGCACAAUGAUGUUGGAUACAACAAAUCUUAGUUUUACAUAUACUUCAGGAGAUGAAGAAAAAUAUCGAUCAUUUGAAGUGAACUUGACUCGAUUGAUUAUUCCAAAAGGUAUUUCUAUUAGUUUUUUAUUGGUGUGAAGAUUUUAAUAAAAAAUGAGUUGUUCAGAAUGUCAAUGCUCAACAUUUAACGAUAAAAUAUAUAGCACAGAUGAUGAAAUUUUUCUGACUAUUCCAUCGCAUUGUGAUUUCAUGUUUUGCCAUUGGAGAAUCGAUAAUCCACAGAAAAAAACAAUCAGAGUUCAAAUAUCUACAACUGAUUUAGAUGAUUUCGAUAUGUUGAAGUUUCAUGACAAAAAGCUUGAACAUUCGUUAGUUUGAAAAUAAAAGACAUUAUUGAAACUCUCUUUUUUCCAGAUAUAGUCAGACAUUAUUGAAAAAGGAUAGAAUUUUUGAAACUUUUGAACCAUAUUUGCACGUUCUCUUCAAUCGUUCAAAUACCACCAAUACAGUAUCUUCACAAAUCCAUAUUGUAUGGAAAUUUGAAAUUCGUAGGUUUUAAUUCUAACACACCAUACCCAUGUCAUAAUUUUUAACAGCAUGUUCUUGCAAUAAUCAAACUAUUUAUUUGAAUGGAACAAAGGAUGUCAUUUUGGCGAGUUCUGGUUAUCCAACAACUCAUUGUCACACCCAAGAUUGUUUGACAAUAAUAACCAGUGAAAAUGGGUAACUGCUUGUUUUGAACUAAAAAUUUUAAUAUUGAAUUUUUCAGAUCUCAUAUCGAAAUUUUCAUCGAUGAUCUGGGGUUGGAAAAUAUGCAUGAUUAUUUGAGAUUAUAUGAUGGGAAUGGAACUCAAAAUGUUAUAGCUCAAUUAACUGGGAGUAUUUCAAACAAAACAUUUUCAUCUACGGGGAAUAUUAUGACUUUACAUUUCAAAACAGAUAGAAACAACAACGAUAAAGGUUUCAUUAGUUAUGUUAGGUCAAGUAAGUUUAGGGAAAACUCUUUCAAUUUUCAAGAAUUUCGCUUCAGAGAAUGAAGUUCCAAUCAAAUCCACAUCUGGAUCACAUAUUUUUAUUCUCAUUGUUAUAUCCAUAAUAGUCCUUAUUGUUUCUAUCAUUCUGAUUGGCAGUUUGAUUUAUAAAAACAGGAAUAUUUGGAAGCGAAAGCUGACAAAUGAGUUUGUUAACUACAAUGUGGCUUCUGAAUCGUAAGUUCAUUUGAUUGUUUGAUACGAACAAAACAUUUUAUUUCAGAACUAGCAUUGAAAUGACCACCAAUCAGUAA